ACUAUCGAUAGGCAGGUGUGCAACUCUUCUUGACCUGCUGGUAACCCUGGCAAUUUCCGUCCUCCAUCUUUCUGCAUUGACUUUUCACGAUGCCGCCUAAGAAGGACGCCAAGUCGUCGGCCAAGCAGCCGCAAAAGACACAAAAGAAGAAGGAGGGAUCCGGCGGCGGCAAGGCCAAGAAGAAGAAGUGGUCCAAGGGAAAAGUCAGGGACAAGCUGAACAACCAGGUGCUGUUCGACAAGGCUACCUACGAGAAGUUGUACAAGGAAGUGCCCGCCUACAAGCUCAUUACCCCCUCGGUGGUUUCUGAGCGUCUCAAGAUCCGUGGCUCCCUGGCUAAGCGUGCUCUGAUUGAGCUGCGUGAAAAGGGUCUGAUCAAGCAGGUCGUGCAGCAUCAUUCCCAGGUCAUCUACACACGUGCCACCAAGGGUGAUGAGGCGUAAAUGUUUUACUACAAAACGCAUUUUUAGUCGCAUUCAUUUUACAAUUAAACGUUGAUUGUAUCGGGAGCAACUAGGACGCCGUCGUGUGUAAAAUGUUGAAUAAACUCGCUUUCUUAUUGUAAGGGA